ACGCUCAGGCCCGGCCCACCAGCCCCAUACAUGGCGAAGAGGAGGGCGGUUGCCAGUGGGCCUGGACAGCCCAGCUCAGGGUAUUAAAGCAGGAGCCGCAGCAUGGCAGAGUCAACAGAGCAGGCAGCUGGAGCUGAGAGGGACAGACAGACAUUGCUGCACAGAGAGCCAAGCAGUGCUGCGGAGCUAUGCCGAGCCACUCCAGACACGGAAGAAGGUGCCCAGUUCGGAUCCUGCAGGAGCCUGACUUCAGCCCCAUGUGGCUCUUCAGUAGAGAACCAGACUACGGCUUCAGGCGGCCGGGGAGUCUUCAGGGCCUCUUCAGCCAGCUGAUGGGAGGCAUGCAACCCCCCCUGGACGAGAUGGAGAGGGCGAGGGCGGUGCUCAUGGAUGUGUAUCCCCAUCUGGCCUUGACCGAGGAAGGCCAGGCGAGGAAGGCCCGCCACAGCGGCCCAAGCCCAGCCCAGAAGGCCCCUUCUCAGGGGACAGCCGACCACCUGCUCUCCCUGGACGUGAGCGGCUUCUCCCCCGAGGAACUGACCGUGCAGCUGGACGGGAGGAAGCUGACGGUGUCCGGGAAGCACGACCAGAAAGCCCAGUCGGAGGACGGCUGCUUCUCCCACGAGUACAGAGAGGUGCGCAGGGAAGUGCUCCUGCCGGAGGAUGCCGACCUGGGGGCCGUGGCCUGUGCCCUGGGCCAGGAUGGGCGGCUCUGCGUUGAGGCCCCGCGCCUGGCCCUGCCACCUCCGGGAGAGAGGACCAUCUCCAUCGCCAUUGGGAAAGCGUCCGAGGCAACUGGGCAGGGGACCCAGCUCCAAGAAGGCCAAGAGACGAAGCCAAGCGGAGAGCAGAUGGACCUAAGAGGAGAAAAGUGAGAGAACCAGAGGAGGCCCAGCCAGGGCAGGCUGCCUGGACGGUGCCAUGCCUUCCCUGGAGUUCUGCUCCAACUCAUGCGCUCUUCCAGAUGUUCCACUGCAAGCUUCUGGGCUUGCAAAAGACUUUCUUGCUGGACUCUUAGAAUCCACUGGAGGCUUCUCAUGGCUCCAUCCGAGAAUUGUUAUAUCUUUUGGAAGUUUCUUUCAUACAUGCCAUGAAUUGUAUUCUUUCGUUGUACUUGCAUUAUAAUUGCCGGUUAUUUCUUUAAUUUUGUAUCUUUUGAGAACCUGAAUUAAAUAAAUAUGCAUUAUUUUUCGAUUAGGA